AUUUUCAAAGCUGUGCCUGUUCGAAAAAUAUUUGAAGGAUAAUGAACUUGGCACGAAAAUGUGCACGGAUAUUUGUCCUUGGCACGAGCCCAUCAAUGGGCAUUAUCUGUUCUCUAAGACCACAACCGAGAAAACCUGGGGACGAAGUUGGGUCCAGUCAUACACGGUCAUGCGGCACUGCCGCCAUUUUGAAUAAUCCUCUCAGUGUUGUGUUGCAUACAGCUGUCUCCCUCACCUGGACACAAACAUCCAGAAUAACGUAUUUUUCCAGCAAGAUCAAGAUCUUAACAAAGUUACUAGCUUUGAGUGGUGUCUCACGUACAAGUUUAUGAGAGAGAAAAAGCUAGUUAACAUUGAGAGAAAAGAAAUGGACAUGUGAUCAUUUUGGGCUGAUAUGUCAGGGUCAAUACUUGCAGGUCCAGCAUUUGUCCCACAAGGUUCUUCCCCAGCAGAGGCUUAUGGACCUCAACUUCCACCUCCUACAUCAAGUGCUGUCCAACCGGCAGCCAAGACAGCCAUCAGUGAGUUGAUGGAACUUACCAUGCGGAUGGGGCUUGUCUGUACCUUUGAAACCCUCUCUGAUACUGGCCCAAGCCAUAAAAAGCUGUUUAUGAUGCGCUGUACUGUGGGCGAUAUCAUAGCUGAGGGCUCAGGGUAUGGCAAAAAGAAGGCUAAACAUGAAGCAGCUAGAGUGGCUUUGAACAAGCUCAAGGAAUCCCAGCUAUAUGUCGACUAUGUCAAUCAAUGGACUACAACUGCUGCGCUUGCUCCGCAUAAUAACCCAAUAGGUCAUCUUCAGGAGUUAGUGGCAAAGAAAGGCCUUCAGAAACCUGAAUUUGAUGUUACCAAUGGGGAGGGGCCCCCUCAUCAAAGAACAUUCGAGACCACAGUAACAGUGGGCAGUUUACUGUGUACUGGCAAGGGAAGGUCCAAAAAGGAAGCUAAGCGAAAAGCUGCUGAAGCCAUGCUCAACACUAUAAGUAAAACCAAUCUCUCAAUGGAACCUCCAAAUAAAAAGAUGGCAUUUGUUCCUGCUGGGUCCACUCCACCAGCGCCCAUCUCAUUUUUACCUGCUGGGAACUUGUGAAGAUCAGUGGUGAGACAGAGUCAUGUGAAAGUGAAGGCUAGCCAAGGGAAUCACAACUUCUAAGAGAUUGUUUUACUUCAGCAGAGUUUGAAGGAAACACAGUCUAGGAACAGUGCUUUGUGCGUAUCAAUGGAUUCUGCAUGCAAUGUAUCACUGCAAAGCCUGUGUGGACAUCAGUUGCUCUAUCUGCUUGUAUGCUUGUAUCCUUUGGUGUCUGGAGCUAUGUCGUGGAUAGCACGUCUUGAAAAACGUAGCCUACAUUUUUCAAGUUUGUUAAUCAAUCCAUCUUGAUAUUCCUAAUUUGGAGCCACGCUUGUUUCUUCACGGUUUAUUGUUUUGCCUUUGGCGUUUUUCUACCCUUGUACUUUCAGCUUUUAUUCGAUUUCAAGACAUUUUUAUUCUGUGACAUAGCAUUUUAACUUACCUGAAGUUCUUCUACUGCAGAAUCCGUUGGUGAAUAUAUAUGUAUUUCUUCAUGUUGUGGUUCAAUUUUACCAUCGGUACAUUCAGAUAUUUUCCUUUGCUUUAUAUACAUUAUAAUAUAUUAUAAUAUAUUAUAAUAUAUUAUAAUAUAUUACCAUACACCGGAACAAACCAAAAUACUAACUGUACCACAACAUAUACAUGUACCCUUUUAUUAUUUUUAGAAUGCUUGUACGCUUUUAAGUCUGUGUAUCCUUUUUCUCAGUCUUCAGUAGAGAGUAUUCUGCCACUUGGAUGAGGUUCAUUCUGUAGUUCAUAUGUACAAAAAUAAAGGUCGGCCAAUGCUUAAUCUUGCUAAGAGUAAACACAAGCACAAGAAACGGCCUGCAGUUUCAUGUGCUUUUGAUUACGGGAAAGGACUUCUUGUUUUCCAGGUAAAAUCUCAUUCGCAAUACUACUCUCCCUUCUCUGAAAAGUCACAUUCAAAUACAGCUGAGAUUUUUUCUUUAAUA